GGCACAUGUUUUCAUUAUUUAAGUGAACCACCUACUUUCCUUAUCAGCAAGCGAAAUUGUUAAACGCUGCUAAGUUAGCCGUCCAAAAUAAACAUGAACAUCGUGAUUUUGCUGGCUGUAAUAAGUGUAUGUGACAGUUUCCUGUUAGAUGCCAAGUGUCCACAUUGUAACUGGAACGGGAUAUGUAACACACGCAGUGGUCUGUGUAAUUGUUAUGAAGGAUACAAUGGUGUAGAUUGUAGUGUAGACUGCGGUUGUCAUGGUCACGGAAUAUGCAUGCAAGAUAAUACAUGCAAAUGUGACCGGGGCUGGAUGUGGUCUAAGACGCAACAUAGAUGUGUCUGGGAUUGUAAUUGUCCGAAUGACGUACAGUGUAUUGGACCUGGUGUAUGUGGAUGUGCACAUACGUGUAAAUACGGCACGUGCUGGAAUGGACAAUGUGAAUGUUGGGAGGGUUAUAAAGGAAUUACAUGUGACACAUUUGAUAAAACCAUGAUGAUGAAUAGAAACAUUUCCGUUGGAAUGAAUCUUGGAGGUCUUUCAUACUGGUCACCGGAACUGAAAUUUGUUGACGUUGCAAAACAGUCUCAAGAAUGGAUUACAGAACAUCACACCACGCAUCAAUGGGACACGCACGAGCAUGACACAAUCACGUGGCGCGACGACGGAUAUCCGGCCAGUCUACCGAAUGAUAUGUUAGUUGGAAAAUUAGUUCUUCGAGCAAGCGCAGGGAUACACGGUCCGCAGGGGAACUUU